UUAAUUUUGUCCUAUCCCAUUCUAAGUUAAACAAGUUUUGUUAAAGAAGUUUUCCUGUUUGUUAUUUGUUUAACGUCACGAGAAAAAGAUGGAAACUUUAAGAACAGAGACGGACUCGACAGCAGAUGAAAAUAUCCAGAACUAUAUGCAAGUAGUGGACCUACUAUGGCAGCUUGGAGCCAAAUCUAAUUACGACCAGUUUAUGACAGAAGCCCAAGCUAUUUGGGUAGAUAUCUUCAGUAAACAACCUGACAGAAUUUCAAUGCUGCUGGAACAGCUGAAAAGACAGAGGUCCACCCAGAACGGAAAUGAGGCCUACAGAUUGACAGAAAACGGUGCAUUUCACCAAAAUACCGAGGACAGCCCCACCCGUAAUCAUGGUAACAAUGGUAACGAUGUGUCUCCAAUCUCACCCAGCCUCGCUUUACAGAGAUUUUCUGAUAACAGUAAUUCUAAUUCCAUCAUCUCCGAGUCUCUACCGAUGAACCAAACAGCAACCACACCGCCCACCCCUGAGGACAUCUCGCGGAUACUAUUCGAGCACUACCGGCGUCAGGGUUCUGUACCACGGGAAUCAAGACCCAACCUCAACUGUCUCGAUAACUUCCUCCAGAAUGAUGAAUAUCUCAUUAAUUUUCUACAGGUGUGUGCUCUGGAUGUUGCGACUCUCCUGCAGAUCUGUAAUGUGUUCCCUAAACUAAGAGACGAGAUAAUGGACGUGGCUCGUCUCUGGGAUAGAUAUGAGAGUACGAAGUACAAUUACGCAAGUACGAAGAAGUGGACUUGGAAGCGUAGUAAACUCACUGAGGGUCAGGAAAUGAUUCACGAGGGACUCCUGGAGGUCAAGGUGCGCCUUGAAGAGCUGUGUAAAAGAUUUAUUGCCCCCAUGAACAGUGAUGUUACUAAGGUGUACGACUAUGGUAUGGUAGCCUGUCUACAACAAGCACAGAAAGCAUUGAAUUUCCUUAAAAACAUCCUCACCGAUGUAACGAAUAGACUUCAAAAACGGAACCAAAUGCAGAGAUCGCAGGAGCUAGCACAGGAGCGGCUGAGAAUCGCAGAGUCAGAAUUCAAGAAACAGUCGUGUGGUGACGUAGACAACACUCCUCGGAAUCAGAACACUUUUACUCGGCAGACUCCACUUUACUGACCAGCUACACCGGGAACAACCUAGUUGCUAGGUGAUAGAUAUUGACACACGUUGCAACCUCUUUUCGCGCGCACGAGAGAGGUAUACAACGUGUAGCUAGCAGGAUAGUUACUAGGCGAUUGCAGCCUGUAGAACAUCAACCAUUAACAAACAAGUCACGUGCAGAUAAUCCCUCACGUGUUAAACAAAGUGUUAGACAGUGAAACCAAGAACUGCUAGCAGUCAGAUAAACUGGAGUUAAUCGUUUGCAACAGAAUUAUUUUAAUCUCGACGUGCCCUUUUUGGUCACAAUCUUUUGCAAAAACCUGCAUCCGUUAUCGGAUCUAAACAAUACAAUUGAUAAAUGAAAGUGAUCAGAAAGGCAUUGUCAAAUUGUGCCGUGUUAAAGCUUAACUAAUAAUUUUUUUAAAUUCCUAAAUCUAACAUUUGAACAAUAGAUUUGUAGUGUUACUCAAUUCAAUUAAGUAAUUUAGUAUACUAGUAUUACGCAUGAAGUCAAAAAAACUUAGCUUGACGAAUUAAAUUAAACUUUUAAUUUAGAUUUACAAUCCAGACAAUAAUAUUAAGUAUUUCAAGAUGUCAGAAAUUCACGAUUCACGAUUUGCGACGCGAUUACUUAAACUUUAUUUGUUUUUAGCGGUUUCAACAUUAAUUUAAAUUUACAUAGUGUUAGUGUGAAAACUUUAAAUUUAUUUAACAUUUACAAUUUAUUUAUAAAUUUGUGCAUGUGAGAUCAAAAGUAAAAAACUAAAAUAUUUCGUCAUUCCAAU